AAACCCUAGACCUCCUCCAAUUGCUCACGUUCUCGCCCCCUCCUCUGUCUACCCAGAGCCAGCUGCACCAUGGCUUCUCAGAAUCGGAGACUUCCGCCCAAAGGCCGCGAUGAGGGCAUCCUCUCGAAGCUCUCUCAGUCCCAGAUCGUUGUCCGAGGAAGGGAGGCCGCUUGCGAGGUUGCUACUGUUGCCAAGAAGCUCGUGCGGAGCACUGGCAGGGCCGCAUGGAUUGCUGGAACGACGUUCCUCGUCCUGGUAGUUCCCCUCAUCAUUGAGAUGGACCGCGAGGCACAGAUGAAUGAGCUUGAAAUGCAGCAGGCUAGCCUCCUCGGCACCCCUCCGCCCUCCCUCGCGCCUCCGCCACCCAAGUGAUUGCUUUUCCUGACUUGCUCUGGAACCGGGAUCAAGAUUCCCUGAGGUAAAGCUUCCUCUGUUUUAUGAGAAGUUUGAUUCGCUAGGAGUUUGGGGCGGGUGGAUCGAUAACUCUUGAAAUUAAGUACAUUGCCUCAAUGGUACUGUCUUCCAUUCCUAUUCAAGGAAAACUGAAAGUUUUGUUGAUCUUCUGGGUUUAUGUUGUUUUUAAGCUUAAUUAGCGUUCAGUUUAAAGUUUGGUCUGCGACAGGGAUUCUCUUCAGGUAUAGUUGCUUGAGUUUGGUGCGCUUUAUGGUUUCAACUUGUGCCAUUUUUGUUCCCAUACAUUCAACAUUUCUCUAUUUCUUUUGUGAGAUAAUUGGAUAUGGGAUCACUUAUGAAGUA